GUUUGAGAUUUGUAAGAAGAAGAAAAAUCUUUGCUACUAACAGAGCCACACACACAAAUCAGAUAACAUGCAAAGAUGGAAUUAGCUCUUUAACCACUCAAAUUGUAGCAAAUAUGAGCAUCUGCAAGUUCAACUCCCCUGGUUGAAACUGCAAUCACCAAGAUGACCUAAAUGUUAACAGCAAGUGAAUACAGCAACCACAGCCGGCAGAAUCAGCCAAUAACAGGGCCUGCCGAGCUGAACUUGCCAAGAGUGUUAUGGAUCCUGUCUUCCACCUUAGAGAAGCUGGUAGCUCGCAAUGAAAAGCUUGUGGAUGACCUGAACCAGCAACUAGAUAAACUGAGCUGUGACUCGGUAAGAUUAGGGAAGAGCUUGAAUGCAUUCCAUGGCGUAAGAGCGCCAGGCAUAAGCAUACCUAAGUACUUGGAGAGGAUAUACAAGUACACUAAUUGUAGCCCUUCAUGUUUUGUGGUUGGCUAUGUGUAUAUAGACAUGCUGAAUCACAAGCACCCUGAUUCUCUAGUCUUAUCCUUGAAUGUGCACAGGUUGCUAGUUACCAGUGUCAUGGUUGCUUCCAAGAUGCUAGAUGAUGAACAUUAUAACAAUGCGGUAUAUGCUCGAGUAGGAGGAGUAAGCAAUGCUGAACUGAACAAACUUGAAUUAGAGUUACUCUUUCUGUUGGAUUUUAAAGUUAUGGUAAGCACUCGGGUUUUCGAGAGUUACUGUUUACACUUAGAAAAAGAGAUGCUUGUAAAUGGCACAGGCUUGAAGAUUGAAAGGACAUUGUCACCUAAAUCUAUUGAGACUGAAAUAUUAGUUGAAGAUAAGCAAAGCUCUUCCCCACCUCCAAUUGUGGAUUAUGGACUGACAUAAACCCCUUUUUUCUUUCUGUUGUCAAUUUUUGGGUCCCUUGUUCUCUUUAGUCCUUUUUCACUUCAUGGCGAAGCAAUUAUUGAAUUAUUCAUUGGCCAAUUUCUUAUUUAUAUGAAUAUGACUCAUACAAACUUUGUCAAAUUUGGCUAUAAAGUUGUAACAAAACACCACUGUAUUCUUCUCUUUUCUUUA